ACUUUCACUGUCAGUGAUUUAAAAUAAAAUAUUAAACUUUCAGAGAAGUACACAAAAAAUAUAUAAUACUUAGGGCUCAGAGAAAGCUAACGCCAGUAAAAUUAGUCAACCCCUUUCUCAGUACCCAUCACAUCAACUGCCUCCCCGGCUUAGCAAACCUAUACGUUUACAUAUUUUAUUAAAAUAAAAUGGUAUGUUGCGUCGUACAAAGUUGCCCAAAUCGCAGUAUAGUGAAAAAUGCUACGCAGUCCUUAUCAUAUUUCCGACCAACGACACAUCGAUUGGAAGAUUGGUCAAAGUCGUUAGGAAUGGAAUUAAAAAUAAGUGACUCCAUUUGUCAUCAUCAUUUUAAAGCAGAACAUAUAAAUAUGUACAGUGAAUUUAAAAUUAAAGGAGAGGUCAAAUAUAUUCGUCUGGAAAGAAAAACCCUUAAGAAAGAAGCUUUGCCCACAGUUGAACAUCAGUUUAUUCCUCCACAAGUUGAAGCUAAUAUUAUUCACUUACAUGAAUCUUUUGAGUCAGUCCCCAAUCACUCCCCUAAGGAGCAGCUAAAACAAUGUAUUCCUAAGACAAGAAAAAGCCAUAAGGAAGGAGAUUUGCCCACAAUUGAGCAUAUUCCUCUACCAGAACAUCAAGUUGAAGCUAAUAAUAUUGACUUACAUGAAUCUUUUGAGUCACUCCCCAAUCACUCCCCUAAUGAGCAGCAAGAACAAAACCAAGCCGACCAACACGAACUAUCAGAGGAUCAAAAAUCUUCUGAUAUAAUAAUGGAUUAUGAAAUGAUAGAACAUCACUUAGCAGACCCAUUGUUGAUUCAGGAGGAGGUUGAUGAUGAAGAAGAUACCAAUGUUAAAAUAAACUCAAUAGAGAUUGAUGAUGAUGAAGAUACUACUAAUGUUAAAAUAAACCCAAUAGAGAUUUUUAAAAGUAAGUUUCAGGCAUCGUCAUUGUUGCCACCUUACUGGCUACAUAUAGAAAAUCCUAAUGGGAUAGAAUUUAUGCGCAUGGAUCCAAGAACGCAGCAAAUUAAACAUCACAUACGUCUAAACAAUGAUCUGUCAGUCACUGUAAUUUUUCGCAGCAAAGAAGAAUUGCAACUAAACCAGAGAAUUAAUUCAUAUGAAGAAACCUAUGACUACUUAAAAUCUGUUGGAAAAUGGCUAGUGUGUGCUGGCACUCAAAUUGAGGACAAUGAAUUUUGUAAAGGUGUGAUUGUUGGUGAAGAAACUUACCAAAGAAAUCGUCAGUUCCCAAGAUGCAAAUCUUGUAGAGUGUUACGAAAUCGUUUGCAGACGCAGAACUGUAAAAGCAGAUCAACUUGUUUAGGAAAAAAAUCAGAUGUAAAGCUGCGCGUUUCAAGAUUAGUACAAAAAUGCAGGCGUCUAAAAUGGAUGAAUAGCCAAUUAAUGGCAAGAAAUUAUACAACCAAGUUGGAGGCAAAGAAAUCGGAUACGGUAUUGCAAGCAGUGCCUCUCGGGUGCACAGAAAGCAGACUACCUCAGAAUAUUUAUGUCUAUCAAGCGGAGUAUAGCAAUGUGCCUAAAGGAAACUGAAGUAGGGCAUUCAAGCAGAGUAUGCUGCAUACUCUCGUGGCCCUAAAAGAAAAAAAUCCGUCAUGAAAUCCACAGGUUCAAAGGAAUUUGCUUCAGAGUGUGGCAAGAAACAAGCGGCUUCGAACAAUGUCGCGCUCCAACUCGGUGGAAGACAUUUGGAUAUACUUAUUUAUUACAAAAAACUGAAAUACGCAUAAUUACUUUAACUGAACUGAUUAAUAAAGUUAUGUUUU